AUGUUCUUGAAUAGGAUAGGAAAAACGACGAUACUGAAGAUACUUGGAGGGAAGCAUAUGGUGGAGCCUGAUAUGAUUAGGGUUCUUGUGUCUACUGAUGAAGCUGUUGAACAAGCUGCUCAUUUGAGAUCUCAGAUGUAUAUUUUAUGGGGGACUUUGCUUUAUGAGAGAUCUGUUGGUGAAUUCAAAAUGGAUUUGUCAGCAUUGGAAAAAUCUUUAGCUGCUGUUGUUGAAACAUUUGAGCUUGCGGUUUCAUCACCAACAGAUCUUUCAGUAAUUAUAAAGAAUCAUUGCUCAAAUGGAACAACUUUUGCAGGUCUUGGUUUUAAAAUUGAUGAAAUAGUUCAAGCAUGGAAUGAGAUGUAUGAGGUGUCGCGUCUCAAAAUUGCAUUCUCUCAUGGAAGUGGAACAUCGUUGAAUUGGGAUUUCCAUUUUUACCCUUGGUGUGAUUUAGUCAUCGAAUCACUAUUGUUGGAAGCUCUUUCUUCUUUUAAGGGAGUCAUUUAGGAGAUUGCUAGUGAAGUUCCAUUGUGGGGCAGGGUACUCUACUGCAAAGGUGAUGCAAUUUAUCACCGAGCACUGAAAUAGUGGGUGAUGCAGAUGAGGUAAUCCUUUUGACAACCUUCAAAAUCCGAUUUUGCUGCUCAAGUUGUUGGAUUCAUGGCAACUUUGUUAGUUGUUGCUCCUGAUCAAGCCCAUUGGAUAUU